AUGCCUACUGCCACAAUUGUCAAACAUGAGCUCGAGCGUCUUCUUGGGAUCACAAGGAGCGAUGAAGAAUUUGACGCCAUAUUUGCUGACCUUGGCAUGGAGCUAGACGAGGUCGUUAUGCAGUCAGAGCGAUUUCUGGAGGAGCAAGGACCAGUGAAGCAUUAUAGAGUGGAUGUGACCGCAAAUAGACCGGACAUCCUCUCAGUUGAAGGAAUGGCCGUUACACUGCAACCGUUCUUGGGCCUUGGUGAACCGUUGGGACUGUAUGCCAGAGACAGCUCUGUCCAAAUCAGGGUGGACGGUAAGGCAGUGGGCCCAGUACGCCCAUAUAUCGUUUCGGCCAUUGUACGUGGUGUUAACUUUACUCAGACAAGCUUUAACUCCUUCAUUGACUACCAAGACAAGUUGCAUCAGAACCUUUGCAGAAAGCGUACGCUUGUGGCCAUUGGCACCCACGAUUUGGAUAAGAUUGACACAUCCUCCAUAACGUAUUCUGCACAGCCCCCUGAGGAUAUCGUUUUCCUGGCGCUAUCUCAAUCUGAAGUAAUGGAUGGAAGGUCACUAUUUAAAGUUCUCGAAGGAGACCGUCAGCUAUCAUCGUACCUCCACAUCAUCAAGAAUGAGCCUCUGUGGCCCGUCAUUCGAGAUGGUCGCGGAGAGGUCUUGUCUCUUCCUCCGAUCAUAAAUAGCGAGUAUUCCAAGGUCUCCUUGAGCACAACUAACGUUUUUAUCGAGUGCACAGCAACAGAUCUUAACAAGGCCUGUGCUACUUUAAACAACGUUAUUAAUUCUAUCCGUAUGCAUACACGGAAGAAGAAUCAGGUAGAGACAGUGACGAUAGUAUAUGAUAGUGUUACUAGCCAGCACACUCAGCUCCCCAUCAACAAGCCACAUGCAAAGGUCACCUAUCCUCUCAUCUCUUCUUACCAAUUGGACUUAAGGCUUGCUAAAUUGAGUGAGAUAUCGGGUAUACCUCUGAACACCCUCAGUAUUUCCAUGGUCUGUUCCUACCUCAAAAGAAUGUCCAUACGAGCCGAGGUGGUGCAGGCAAAGUCAGACCUCGCAGACACUGUAUUGAGGUGCCACGUUCCAUUUUUCCGUCAAGACAUUAUUGCUGAAGCGGACCUAGUUGAAAACUUUUGUAUCUCCUAUGGAUAUAAUGCCAUUGCCGAAAAGUAUGCUAAGCUUCCCAAUACCAUGACGCAGGGGUCUAUCCUUCAAGAAUUCCGACUUGGCGAAAUAGUGAGAUCUGAGGCUGUUGCGUGUGGAUAUAUCGAGUUGGUCCUAUUCUCACUUUGUCCUGCAGAGGAUUCUAUCUUCGGGGAUCUUCCAGUGGAAUUAUCGAAUACUAAGACGGCCAUGUUUAGUCACACGCGUUCUUGCCUAGCUCCAGGCCUCUUGCGGGCUGUCUCAGCUCAGCAACAUAUCAGCUUGCCACUUAGACUUUUUGAGGUCUCUGAGGUUCUUGUCCCUAAUGCCGAUGCUAGAGAUGACGUUGGAGUACAUGCCGUGAAGAAGUUCUCAUGCAUUUAUGGGGGCACUACUGAUGGAUUUGAGUUUGUGCACGGGUUUCUCGACCAUCUCAUGAGAAAGCUCGCGAAGAGUUUUAAGCUAAUUGGAGAAGACCACCCAACUUGUCUUCCAGGGAGGCGGGCAUCAAUUGUAGUCGAUGGCCAUACACUAGGUUGGAUAGGAGUCAUUCAUCCUAAUACUCUACUCACCUACAAGGUACCAAUCCCUUGCACUAUUAUGGAAUUCUUCUUAAAUUAA